AUCAAAAUGAAAAUCUUAACUUUUACUGUAACCUCGAGCAAAACGUGUAAAGAAGUGACAUCAAUUACAAGAAAAAACACCGGAUAUUUAUUAAUUUCUGCUUGUAUUCUUCAAGCUUCAUUUCUAUCCAAAAAUGCCUACUCUCAAUAUUAAGGAAGAAUUACUUUUCCAAGCAUUAGGGAAAAAGUAUACUGAAGAUGAAUUCAAUGAAUUGUGCUUUGAGUUUGGGCUUGAGUUAGAUGAAGUUGUUAUAGAGAAGCCCGACCCAUUGAAGGAUGAGGAGGUUACAGUUUAUAAAAUUGAUAUUCCUGCCAAUCGCUAUGAUCUCCUUUGCUUGGAAGGUCUUGUUCGAUCUUUAAAAAUCUUUCAAGGUAAACUAAAAAUUCCUCGUUACACUCUGUCUUGUCCUCAGGAGAGACAAAGGCUUGUAAUUGAUGCUGCAUGUUCUGGAGUAAGGCCAUAUGCUGUUGCCGCUAUUCUUCGGGGAAUUACCUUUACAAAAAGCAAUUAUGAUAGUUUCAUUGAUCUGCAGGAUAAGUUACAUCAGAAUGUAUGCAGACGAAGAACAAUUGCAGCUAUUGGUACUCAUGAUUUGGAUACUAUCACUGGGCCUUUUCUCUUCACAGCAAAGCCUCCAAAAGAAAUUAAGUUCAUUCCUUUAAAUAAGGACAAAGAAUACACUGCAGAAGAAUUAAUGGAAGUAUAUCAAACUGAUUUACAUUUAAAACAGUACCUUCAUAUUAUUAAAGAUAAACCAGUUUAUCCAAUAAUCUACGACCAGAAUAAUGUAGUUUUAUCUAUGCCUCCUAUCAUCAAUGGAGAGCACACAAAGAUAACUCUUAAUACCAAAAAUGUAUUUAUUGAAGUUACAUCAUUAGAUUUGCACAAGGCAAAAGUUGUGCUUGAUACCUUAGUUUGCAUGUUUAGUGAAUACUGCGAAGAACAGUUUGUAGUUGAACCAGUAGAAGUUGCAGACCUUGAAGGAAACAUAAUUCUGUAUCCUGAACUCAAGUAUCGCACUGAAAUUGUCUCUUCAGAAUACAUCAAUAAAUCUGUUGGUAUAAAUGAAACUCCAGAAAGUAUUGCUGAUAUGCUAACUAAGAUGUGUCUCAAGUCUGAGGUGAUUUCGAAUGAUGAAAUUAAGGUUGAGAUUCCUCCUACAAGACAUGAUGUCAUUCAUGCCUGUGAUAUUAUGGAAGAUACUGCCAUUGCUUAUGGUUACAACAACAUCGUUAAGACUAUUCCACAGGUUGUGACCAUUUCUGCCCAGCUUCCAUUGGUUAAGUUAUCAGAGCAGCUUUCAAUUGAACUUGCACAUGCUGGUUUUACAGAAGCUUUGUCUUUUACUUUAUGCUCACGAGAUGAUAUAUCAGCAAAACUAAAAUCUACAAACGCUCUUUCUGAAGCUGUGCAUAUCUCAAAUCCAAAAACUUUGGAAUUUCAAGUCGUGCGAACUACGCUAUUACCAGGUCUUUUGAAAACAGUUCAUGCUAAUAAGAAGAUGCCACUACCAAUGAAAUUGUAUGAAAUAGCAGAUGUUGUAGUUAAAGAUGAUAGUAAAGAUGUUGGAGCAAGGAAUGAAAGAAGACUCUGUGCUGUCUAUUAUAAUAAGAAACCAGGAUUUGAAAUUAUCCAUGGAUUAUUGGACAGGAUAAUGCAGCUUUUGGAUGUUCCACCCUCAAGUGAAACCAGUGCAGGCUACUGUAUUAAAGCAUAUGAUAAUCCUACUUUUUUUCCUGGAAGGUGUGCAGCAGUGAUGUUUGGUGAAAAAAGUAUUGGAACCCUUGGAGUUUUGCAUCCUGACACUAUUACUAAUUUUGAUUUAAAUAUGCCUUGUUCAGCUUUAGAAAUAAAUAUUGAACCUUUCCUGUAAUUUAUUAUAUAAUUCAUGUAAUUGAUCCUUAAAAGUGUAUUGCUUUACUUUCGUUUUAUAGGAAAUAAUAUGUAAUAAACAGAAAGAAAAAAAAAUUGGCUAAAUAUGAGAGCAAAGUUAGUAAUUAUCAAUUUUGCUAAUUUUUUUCACAUUAAGAAUAAAAUUGUUUCAAAUUUAAUUGUAUUUCAACUCUUGGAAUUUCCUAGUUAUUAGUUUGUAUUCAAAAAUAUGCUUCUAAAUAUUUAAAUGCACUUUUAUAUAAAUAGAUGGGCUUGCUUUUAGAUUAUUUUACUAUACACCAUAUUGAAUCUUUAAGUUUUGUAUUAAUAAUUUUGAUAUGAUUUCCUCUAUUAUUUUAAUAAAUGAAAUUUAUUUUAAUGCAUAUUAAUUGGAUCUUUCAUUGUCAUUUUAAAUUAUGUUAUUAGAAAAUAUUUUUUGCACUUUUAUUGAAUAUCUUUGUAAAGAUGUUUGCACAAAAUUACAUGUAUGAUUUCUAUUAUUAUUUUUUUAAAAAAUCUUCGAUUCUUGUAAAUUAAAUAAGAAUUUGUAAAAAAACAUUUCUUCAGUGAUUCAUUUCAUAAAAAUGUUUCUGUUGUUUUGAAAGAAGUUGUUAUUUCCAUGAAGAAGCAAUUUUAGAUGGAAAAUAAGUAAAUUAAAUUGGAAAAAUGUCAGGGAUUAUAUUAUGUGUUUUUGCCUGGAUAAUUGCAACUAUUAAAUGUUAUAUUAAUGCAAGUGAAAUUGCUCCAGUCUGUUCAUUUAUUUACUUUUAAUUGUAUAGUUCUUUUAAUACUUUCAUAUGAUUAUGGUUUGAUAUCAAAGCUAUAUGUAUUGUAUUGCUUAAAGUACUUCCCCCCCCCCCAUAAUUAAUUUAUUUAAAAAUGUAUUGAUAAGGAGAUAAAAUUGCAGAUUCAUUAAUUUUUCUUAUGUACUUAAUUAUAUCUGAGUUAAAACAUUCUAUUAUAGAAAGAAAGCUUUUGCUAAAUUAAGAAUACUUUUAGUUUUAUUAAAUUUUUGAAAAAAAAUACUAAAAAAUGAUGAACUAAAUUAAUAACAAAUUGUUUUUUAAAUCUUAAAUCUGCAGUCCUAUUGCCAGGCUUACAUCAAUUUAUCAUUAGCAUUUCUGUCAUAGAUUUCCACAUAAAAUAAUUUUGUGUUAACAUGACUUCAUGGAUAAAUAUAUUUCCUCUUAUAAAAUAACUCUGUUAAUAAAACGUGGGAAACGUUUGUUUUUAUUAAUUGCAGUGCCAGGCUUAUGCAUAAACUACAAAAGCUGAAGUUAGUCUCCCAUAAAGUAAAACCAUUUUUAUGGGAGGGGAGAUAUUUUUUUUUUUUAAAUCUAAAUGAGCAUCAUAUCCACAAAAUAUACAACUUAAAGUUAAUUAUAAAGAUUGCAUCAUUUAAAUAAUUCAGAACCUCACUAAAUCUAUAUCUGGCACUAAAUAUUUGAAAGUAAAAGGAAGGAUAAUGCAGAUUUUAGAAACACAGAAAGUUAUUCCCUUUUUUUUUAAGUGAUUGGUUUUCCUUUCACCUUUUUUUGAUAUUUUAUUUUUAAAAAAAGUCAUUGAAGAGCAAUAUUUUGAUUUAACAAUAAAAAAAGUUUUUGUGAAAGCUUGUUUUUAUUCGAGAUAAUACUAAUAAAAGGCUACAAUUUUAUAAGAAUUAAUCCAAUCAAAUAAUGUUGAUUCGUAAUUCACUACAUUAUAUACAAUCAAAACAUAAUGAAAAUAGUAUUAUUUCAAUAGAUUAUAAAUGUUUCAAAAUAUUAAAAAUAUUAUUUGUUCUGAUUUAUUUUAUGAUGCAUAGUUAUUAAAGAUUAGUUUUAUAAGUAUUGGGUAAUCCUGCCUUAAAAUUAGUUUUUAUUAUUUUAUAUUCAAAAUCAAAUUUCAUACUUGUGAAAGAGCUUCUCAAAUAUCUUAAUUAGUCCU